AGUUGCAGCUGGAUCUCCGGGAAACAAAAUGCCACACUAUCAACCCGAAACCCUUUGAGGACUGUGAAAUACGUGACAUGGGAGAGCGGGCAGUGAAGGCCAACUGCACUGUGUUGAUGACUAUAACAGAUGGUGAUGCCAGCAUAACCAAAUAUGAAUGUGACACACGACAAGAAAAAACUAACUUGGAGAUGGUACGCAUCUGCCCUGACUGUCCUGUGCUGCUGCCUCUCAACAACUCUGAAGGUCUCAAGUCUGUUCAUGAAGCGACAGCAGAAUUCAACAAGAACACCAGUAACCAGCAUUACUACAUCUUGAAGGAAGUGGGGCGGAUAUCAACUGGGUACAUGAUGGGAUUAGGAAUGAACUACUAUCCUGAGUUUGUACUUGUGGAGACUCAUUGCCCAAUGGGCUCUAGAAUCAUAAUUGAGGCAUGCAUUCCACUUUGUCCUAACAGAGCUCGUCAUGCUUUCUGCCGUUCAUCUUACUCCAGUCAAAAUGGACUCCUGUCCACUGAGUGUGAUUUCUAUCCUGCAGAGAAUACCACUGCCCUUGGGCCUGGUGAGAAGGAGCCUGUCUGUGGACGUCAUCCACAUGGUCAUGGUGGCCCCCCUCCACAUGCUCACGACCAUGGUCGUGGCCCCCCUCCACAUGCUCAUGACCAUGGUCAUGGCCCCCCUCCACAUGCUCAUGGUGGCCCCCCUCCACAUGCUCAUGACCAUGGUCAUGGCCCCCCUCCACAUGCUGCCAAAGAAGGACGCCCUCCACAUGCUCACAAAGGAGGACGCCCUCCACAUGCUCACGACCAUGGUCAUGGCCCUCCUCCUACUGGUGGCAAGGGUAAAGGGUCAUUUCACCCCCUACGGUGCAUUUAUCCAUGUCACGGAUUCCUAGUCAAUCCUGAUCCAGCUCUCCACCCUAUUUGCCCCUGGCCUCUUCCUCACCGCCCACACAACUAAUCCAGAAUUAGCUGAACAUUGCCAAAUAAAGAACAUGGUUGUUCUGCAUGCAAUGUGCCAAAAUAUAGUGCAUACAAAAUAAACCAUCGAGGUGUUGACUA